GAAAAAAAACAAUCACUGAGAAGUCUCAAAGAAAUAUACCACGUGAGGGGAAAAAACUGGGAGAAGAUCCGGAAUAUUAUCGUUUUUCCUAUGGUAAAACCGGUGCCCCUCUUCAGGAGAACUGAUUUCAAAUUAUUAUUAUGCAACCACAAGGAUCUCUUCUUUCUCAGGGUGUCUAAGCUGCUGGAUUGCUUUUCGCCCAAAUCAAUGUGGUUUCUUUGGAACAUUUUCAGCAAAGGAACGCAUAUGCUGCAGUGUCUUUGUGGCAAGAGUCUUAAGAAAAACAAGAACCCAACUGAUCCCCAGCUCAAGGGUAUAGUGACCAGGUUAUAUUGCAGGCAAGGUUACUACUUGCAAAUGCACCCCGAUGGAGCUCUCGAUGGAACCAAGGAUGACAGCACUAAUUCUACACUGUUCAACCUCAUACCAGUGGGACUGCGCGUUGUUGCCAUCCAGGGAGUGAAGACAGGGUUGUAUAUAGCCAUGAAUGGAGAAGGUUACCUCUACCCAUCAGAACUUUUUACCCCUGAAUGCAAGUUUAAAGAAUCUGUUUUUGAAAACUAUUAUGUAAUCUACUCAUCUAUGCUAUACAGACAACAGGAAUCUGGUAGAGCCUGGUUUUUGGGAUUGAAUAAGGAAGGGCAAGUCAUGAAAGGAAACAGAGUAAAGAAAACCAAACCAGCAGCUCAUUUUCUACCCAAGCCAUUGGAAGUUGCCAUGUACCGAGAACCAUCUUUGCAUGACGUCGGAGAAACGGUCCCGAAGGCCGGGGUGACGCCGAGUAAAAGCACAAGCGCGUCGGCAAUAAUGAAUGGCGGCAAACCAGUCAACAAAAGUAAGACGACAUAGCCAGAUCCUCACAGGUGUUGUGACUUUCUCGUCCUGAGCACAGUUGAGUGAUUUAUCCUUGCCAGACAUUCCUGCUCCCGUGGCUGAGGAGCGGCUGGAAGCAAGCCGAGGCUUGCUCUCGGCUGUCUCGAACUUCUUGGUUGCAAGCGGAUAAAUCUCAACCUGUCGCGCCCCCAGAACAAGAAGACACCUGGACAACCAGCUAAACUCAGACCAUGGAAUGCCCUACCAGAUAUGGAAUGCCUUUUUAAUAUCUUUUCUGUGACCGUGACACUUCAUGUGAAUGACACACUUCACAAGUACACUCGAUACCUUGCCUGCUGACAGCUACCCAUAAUCCUUUUUGAGUCCUGUUUCAGCGAAAUCCAUGUGUUUCAGUUCAAUUUUGUAGCACACCAAUACUAUUGAGUAAUUUCUAGUUAGACGCUGUAAACCUGUGCUAUUAUGGAUUUCUCUUCUCCCCGUUUUUACAGGGCUGCUCGCUCCACUGUCUGUGACCUUUUGCAGAGAUUGUACUCCUCUAAAUCUUAAAUGUGACAGUUGGCCUAGUUCGGAGAGCAAUCAGGGAAUCAGGAAGCCUUCUAAACCUAUUAUUACAAAUUGCAUCUAUAAAGAUUAAGAGUGUUGUCUCCGGCUCCCACUAUCGAUUAAACACACAUAUACGCUCUGUCCAGUAGCAGAUACUGUGCUCUUGAGGACGGCGUUGCCUGGGUGAGAAAUGGGUCAAACACAGUCCAGGGGGAAGCUCUCUACGAUAUGUGUUUGACCUUCCCCCUAUAGUUUCUUUGUGUGUGUGUGUGUUUUAUACAUAUCACAAGCUUACUGGUAAUGGUAACAUUUGCCUUGCCCAGCGAGCAAGACCCACCGUUUUUGAGAAAGUGGGUCCAAAGAACUCUGUAGGCCUUGUAGGCCUGAUUAAGGUUCAUUUUUCAUCUACUGAUCCUCAUUAUUUGGAAAAAAGAAAAAGAAAAUUCAAUAAUUACAACCUACAAGAAUUGCGCUACCUAAAUCCAUUUCCGAUAUAACCCUACCUGUUUUUAAUGACCCGAACUGAAUGCCACCCCCGGUUUUGGCUGCGUUCCACUCAUACUCAGCAGAGCAUGGGCAAGGCGGCUGUUGUGUUCUUUUCUGCAGCAGCAAUGCAAACGUUAGUUAUUAAAUUAGACUUUAAUAUUUUUGGUGUUUAAUGACAAGUUUUUAAACUGGACAUAUUAGGAAAAACUAUUUUUUUUAGCUCAGCAUGCUGAGUCAGGAACUGUGUAUCUCACCACGCCAUACCUGUAACUCAGCUUCUUGGCGCCCCGGUUGCCCAGUGGCUGGGGUGAGGUGCCUUGCCAUGAGCUCAGAAUGCAAUCUGUUGAAUUCUUCUGGAUAAAAUUCAAGGCAAACCAACACGUUCCAACAUCAGGUUUUUGGUCCACUCCAUUGAUUUGCUUUUAUUUUGCUUUCUUAAUUUCCUUUUGCCUAAGUCCGAGCAUAGGGAAGACAACCGCUAAGAAAGGCCACCACCAAUGGUUGACUGCACAGGGAAGAAACCAUGCAAAACGUUCGCUAUGGGAUGUAAGGAGUUUCAAAAUGUGGAAUACGAAACUGUUUGGAAAUAUAUUUGUUAACUCUGUGUAUACUUAAUAAAAUUCAAUGUUUCCUCCUCAGAAGAGUUAACUGAGACCAAACUGAACCUCAUUUAUAGAAAACUAUAUGCAGGAUCAUGUACUGGCCUCUUGUGAUUAUUUCCAUGAGGAAGGCUGGCCCAGUCGCCAUCCCCCCCCCCCACCGCGCCCCUUUCCCCCCGCAUCUGCACUGUAUUUCCUGGGAAAUUAUUUUGCGUUCCUAAGUCUCCAUGACAGCCCUUGCCCGGCAUUUAAAAAAUUUUGGCCUGCUUAGCUGAUUAAAGAUUUAGUAUAAAUUUAACUGUUUAUGCUUACUUCAUUUUCAUAUUGGAUUUCAUUUUAAUAAAUAAAAAGUUAGCAUAA